CGCAAGGCAAGCACGACGACGACGACGACGGCACACGCACGGGGCAGAUGUUUUGAUAAAACUCACGCUCGCGAAGUCGGGUCGUCCUUUCUGCGCUCCAUCCAUCCAUCCAGUCAACCGGGAGUGUGUUCCGAGAUUUAUCCACCACGGUGUGAUUUCGCGACGACGCGUCCCCCCCCAGGUGGCUACUGCGUUUGCGCGCACAGAAGGUAGGAGGGAAACGCCAACCUGUGUGUUGAAUUUUCCCCCACCGGUUCAGUGUGAUUUGCCCCGUUUUUCAGCUCACACAGCUCCUCCGCAGUGUGUGUGCGCGUGUGUGUCUGGUAUCCAUCCGCGUGUGUGUCCCGCGAACUCGUGGCGAUCCCGUUUUCUUUAUCGAGCAGCACGCGAAGCGCACGGAAUUUAUCACGAUUUAGUACCCCGUUAGUUCGUCAAAGAAAAUAAGAAAUGGUGUUUUUUGCUACCACCCCCAGCGGCGUGUGAGAGAGAGAGUGAAAGAGAAAGAGAGGUUGGCCACAGUAGGCCAUGUAGCAACGAGAAAAGAAAAAGGAAAAAAACGGUGCUUCUUCUGCCCAGCUCCAGUGGAAAGUGUGUGUGUGUGUGUGUGCGAGGGGCCUUUUUUGUUGCUUCUUUUGUCUCCCCACCCCGGCGUGUGGUGUCCCGCAUGAAGUGCAAAAAGGAAGGCGGUGAAAGUGUGUGUCACGUUUGCUCACUUCACUAUUAAUCCAUCUAACCCUUACCCACUCUCUCCCCAACCUCCCCCCCACUGUAGUGCGAAUCGCUCGAUUGAAAUACCAAAGUGUACAACACGUGCGUGUGUGUGUGUGCCAAAACCCUUCCUUUCCGCGCGGUGCGGGGGCCCUUGACUUCCAAGCAUUGUGUGUGUGUGGGAGCGGCCAGUGAAAAGUUAAAAAAAAAAUCGUGUGUGUUGUGCCCGUGUUGAUCUUAGCAACGUGUUUCCCCCAGCUGUGUGUGUGUGUUAGUGUGGUGAUCAAAAGGCAGCAGGCUGCGAAUUUUUUUUUUUUGGUACACCCUUCGAUACACACAAUGGUCAACAUUAACCGAGGACCGGCGACGGGCAACGACGCCGGCAACGAGGACAGGCAGGCGGGCGGGGCGGCAAGCACCCCGCAGUACCCGCAGUAUCUGCACGAGCUGCCCCAGGCGGACGAGGAGCGGCUGGAGCGCAUCUUCAAAAAGCUCGACCGCGACGGAAACGAUCGUAUCGACAUCCACGACCUGUCGGCGGCGCUGAAAGAGUUUGGCCUGUCGCACCAGUACGCGGAGCGCUUCCUGAAGCAGUCGGACCAGAACCAGAGCGGCGAUGUCGGGCUGGCCGAGUUUAUACACUACGUGCGCGAGCACGAAAAAAAUCUACGCUUACAGUUUACACACCUGGACAAGAACCAGGACGGGAAGGUCGACCUCGAGGAGCUGAUAACGGCGUUCAAGGAGCUCGGCAUCGAGAUGGACCAGCACGAGGCGGCAAAGCUACUUAAACGCAUGGAUAAGGACGGCAGCCUAAACAUUAGCUACGACGAGUGGAGAGACUUUCUGCUGCUCGCACCAUCGUCGGACAUUCACGAGCUCGUUAAAUACUGGCGGCAUUCGACUAAUCUCAGGUACAACGAAGCGUACCUGGUGACCGUUGGUCGGGCGCCGUCGGACGGACCGCCGGUGCGUCCGGUGCGUCUCAGCCUGUUCGAUGUCGAGCAGGCGAUCGAGCACGCGACGGAUCUGCUUUUGAACCCGCCGGCCAAUGUGUCCUACAGCUCCACCACCACUAAUGGCGGCGCCUCAUCGCACCUGCUGGUGGAUGGUAAGUACUUGGAUAUCGGUGAGGAUCUAAACGUACCUGAUGACUUCACACAGAGCGAAAUGCAAACCGGUAUGUGGUGGCGCCAUCUGGCGGCCGGUGGAAUUGCCGGUGCAGUGUCGCGGACGUGCACGGCCCCGCUGGAUCGGCUGAAAGUGUUCCUGCAGGUUCAAGCAUCUAAACAGAGAAUCUCAGAUUGCCUUCAGUACAUGCUGAAGGAGGGCGGCGUGCGGAGCCUGUGGCGCGGCAACUUUAUCAACGUGCUGAAGAUUGCCCCGGAGAGUGCGAUCAAGUUUGCCGCGUACGAGCAGGUGAAGCGGCUGAUCCGCGGCAACGACAAGCGCCAGAUGACGAUCUACGAGCGGUUCGUGGCGGGCGCGUGUGCGGGCGGCGUCAGCCAGACGGCAAUCUACCCGAUGGAAGUAUUAAAGACGCGGCUCGCGCUGCGCAAGACCGGCGAGUACAGCAGCAUACUGGACGCGGCGUCCAAGAUCUAUCGGCGCGAGGGACUGCGCUCCUUCUACCGCGGCUACAUUCCAAACAUGCUCGGCAUCAUCCCGUACGCCGGCAUCGAUCUGGCGGUGUACGAAACGCUGAAGAAGAAGUACCUUAGCCACCACGAGACGGAGCAGCCGAGCUUCUGGUUGCUGCUGGCGUGCGGCAGCGCCUCGAGCACGCUCGGCCAGGUGUGCUCGUACCCGUUGGCGUUGGUGCGGACGCGACUACAAGCGCAAGCGGUCACAAUCGGUCCCAAUCCGGACGGUAGCGUAGCGGUCGAGCCGAACAUGACGAACGUGUUCAAGCGAAUAAUACAGACGGAGGGCCCGGUCGGUCUGUACCGGGGCAUUACGCCGAACUUCAUCAAAGUAUUACCGGCCGUCUCGAUCAGCUACGUCGUGUACGAGUAUACGAGCCGUGCCCUCGGCGUCAACAUGACGUGAUCUGUUUCCCGCGUCGAUCGUACACACCAGCAGCAGCAGCAGCAGCAGCAGCAGCGCCGGGAGGUCGCACACUCUUCGCUUCGUGGCAUCCGCGCCUCCCCGCUCCAUCUUACCACGGGGGAAACGUCACCCUUCUUCGCACCCAACUCCUUUUGCCACCUACCAUUCAACCUGCCUGUCUGCCUUGUGGCUGCCGGCGAAAGUAGACAUGAUUUUAAUGCGAUCUCUUCUACUGUAUCUACUUGCAGUAGUAGUAGUAGUAGUAGUUGGGAUGAUCGGUUGAUGCAGAUGUCUGUUUCGGUUCGGCAUUUGCCCGUCUAGUGAAUUGGAGAAACGAAUUACAACCAAAACACCAAACAAUUCCCCCAACAUGUUGUUGAGCAAAGAGCAAUAGAGCCGUUUACGGAUUACUACUGAUACCCUACUGCAAAGCUACAAUCCAUACAAUCGUCCCUUUUUCCUGCGCUUCCUAUACCUUUUUUGUGUUGCUCCGUUGGAGUUCGGGAUGAGAUUGUGCAGUAGUAGGAAGAGAAGUGAAACAGGGACGAUGGAAGUAAAUGUUAACCAAUGAAGCAGCUGAAGUGGCAGCAGUGCCUGUGGCAGUUGGAUUUGCAGUGCGCAGCAGUGGCGAGCGAAGCGACAGCGAGUCCCGAACAGCAUCUAGACACACGAACGAAUGAAUGGCGGAUGGUGGAUUAAAUUAUUUCUCUUAUUUUUAAUAGUAGCCAAUUUUCAAAUUAUUUGCCCCCCCCCUCUCCAAUUCCAAUUUUUCGAUUUUUUUACCUGCAAAAACGAAACCAACCAACUCUCAGCGCACUUGCGCGAGCACGUGCACGCGCGCAUGCCCUUCCGGACACGAAUGGGGACGAGUAAUGAUAGAAAAUGUGGAAGCGGUGGAAGUGAUUGCAUGUUUUGCACGAUCAAGACAACAGCAACCCACUCACACACACGCACCUGUUCGUUCCUUAUUGCCGUUUGGGAAGCAGCUGACAGCCCAGACCGACGGAAAGGGGUGGGAGGGCCCUUGCAACUCUCCAUUUGUAUCUAAAUAGUAGCGCUAGUUAGGACUUGUAAAGCAAUCAAAGAAAAAGUGGCUCUCUCUCUCUCGCGCUCUCACAAACAGACACACUUAUUGUAUCUUCCUAACAAACAAACUUCCUACUUUUCUAUCAUUACUCUCUAGCGGUUCGGAAUGUUGUGCGAAAAGAAAGGUGCGUGCGCGCGCACACGACCGCGUCGCUUUUUGGAGGUUAUAGAGGUGAUAAAAGAUACGAAAACGGAAGAUUUCUGCUCGAACGGCAAGAAAAACACGCUUUAAACUGAAUAUGGCAUAUGAUUGGUUCUAAGGUCUGCGCCUAAAGGUGAGAGAGCAUCAACAUGAUUAACCAGAAAGUGAACAACAGGAGAAAAAAAAAAUGUGAAAAUCACACACACACACAGAGAAAAGGGAGAGCAGCGGUACACGAGCGUACACAACUAGUAAAGACUUUUACAAUUUUAAAUUAUUUAUUAUUAAAAGGAAAACGCAGCAGAGAAGUACACAGUAUGAAGGUUAAAACAGAAACAGAAAAGAGAAGAAAAAGGAAGAGGAAGGAAAAAAAAAACAACAGCACGAAGAUGAGUGGAGAAGAUGAAAACAUAUUACAAUACAAACAAACAAAGUACUAAAUACGAAACCACACCCUCUGGGCAAGUUGUGUUUGUUGUGCGAACGAAGCCGCGCUAUCGCAGCCGUAACGAUGCAAGUUGAGAAAUGGGAUUUUUAUUUGCAUGUUUUUGUUUUUGUUUUAACCAUUUGUGUUUCCACUCAUUAUGUUAUAUAUAUACCUCAUUAUCAGUGUAGCACAAAGCGUUAUCAUGCACUAUCGUUUACAUUGUGUUAUCUUACCUUCUUACUAGACAAUCCAUUCAUUACUUGCUGUUUGUUUUCAAAGCAACAUGUGAUUUAGUAUCAUUUAUGUUCACUUACUUAUCUCAUUUUUUUUCAUUUACAUUUACAUUUACAUUACCGAAACAGAGUAGAAGUCGAGUGGCCAAUAAUGAUAAUGAAUUCAUCUCGUGGAUAGAGCGUGAAACAGAAGACUAGUUAAUGGAAAACCAUGAUAAAACCGGAAGGAUAUUGCAAACAAUAUACUACUACUACUUCUACUACUACUAUUAAACAUAAUUUACUAACCAAUAGAAGAAAAAAAAACAAAAGGCAACGUGCGCAAACAAGCACACCUUCGUCAGCAAAACAUGUUUUGCAAGUUAUUUCUCCUGUGAUCAUGGAUGUUAAACUUAAAUAUUAUUAUAUACUGAAAGCAUAGAAGUUUAAUGCGCCUUCAACGAGAGUAAAAAAUAAAGCGAAAGAGAGAGAGAGCUACUGACGAUCGAAAAGUACUCUGAUGAGUGUGCAACAGCUGGAAGGGAAAAGGAAGCUUACGAGGCUGAACACGUGAACCACAGUUAUGCAGAGUUGAAUCAAAUGCAUUGCAAUGAAUCGAACAAGCAUGUAUAAUUCGAACGUUAAAAACUGCACCCGUCUUUUCUCUGGUUAAACAUAGAGGGAGAAGUAGUAGCCACAAAACCAAAUUCUCUUAAAUGAAAUAGAAACCGCGAAACGGACACACGCAAAGCAAACGCAACAACUGAAAUAGAAAACUACACAGUGGACGGAGAGGGAGAUUUAGUUAGGGUGUUAGGGUAGUAGGAUGAUUUUGAAAGGGUGAAAUGAAAACGAGCCAGAAGUAGAACGGCACACUAAAACAGUGUGGGAAACGAACGGCGGAUGAUGAUGGUGCGGGGAGGGGUGUAUAAUAACGAAAACAUACGAAAACACUUUUGUGCGCAUUUGUUACCAGUGCAGUGAUAUCUAUGUAGUGGAAUGUUUUCCGUUUUUGGUUUUCAAAUUUACACAUGAAAACGUAACACGGAAAUUGUUGAACAAAAAUCUAACACACACAAUUCGAAGUUCAUGUUAAUUCAUCUGUUUGAAGCUCAGUCACACACACAUACAAACACAAACCAUGUUCAUGUAACUCUAAUAGUUAACAACACGCUUAAAAGAGGUUAUUCAAAAGCAAACAACAUUUAACAAGAAAAAGCAACAUUUAAUCCCGUUCACACACACACCCUCUCUCUCUCUCUCUCUCUCUCUCUCUCUCUCUUGAUAUCAAUAGCUUCUAACGCAAACAGCAGUGCAAAAGUGGAUGAAAAUAGAACCAUUUUUCCCUCCAUCGUGUUCUGUCGUUAGUUCAAAAACAUUUAAAUCGCAAACAGUACAUGUGUGCGUGUGUGUGUGCAUGUUCGCUGAGUGUAAUACUGUCGAAAGAGCAAAGCAAAACUGGUAUUUAUUAUAAUGCACACACACACACAAACACACAUCCGUCACACACACACCACGUGUCAGCCGUAAAACUGGCCAAAUUUACGAUAUAGCAAUGAAAUGAAUAAAGAAAACAAAAACACUCAAAAACUCCACACUUAUAAAUGCGCUACUUACUGCAAGAUAAUGUAAUAGAACAAUUGAUAUGAAUAAAUAAAAGAAAAAAACGGAAACGACAAUUUCAAUAAACGCAUACCAAGCAUACAGCAGCAA